AAAGUUGGAUGCGGCCAGCCAACUCAAUCUCAAAGAAGAAGAAGAAUAAGCAACACUGCAUUUCCUAUGUUUUGAGCAACACUGGAGAAGAGCUCCGCAGAGUGCGCAGAGAAGGUAACAGCUGAAUCAACUGUCAGAGGACGUUUGACCAGUGACCACCAACAGCCCAAGACAACGACAACAACACAUCAUUGGUAAGAAAAGAGCAUUGUCACUGCUUCCCUUGCCGACAUUGACGACUGCAUCUCCCUAACUUAUCUGAGACUGGCAAAGAGUGUCUGUCUGAGUGACGGGACCAAGCUGUCUGCAGAAAAGAUGGAGGACUCUGUGAAGGCGGAGAGUGCCGCUGAUGGAGGAGGCCUGGUGUACGCAGAGAAAGAGCCAGAAGACACUCUCAGCCCCACAGACCUUUCUGAACUGCUGGCUGCCGGGACCAAAGAGGUUCACGAGAAGGCGGAGAACACCCAGUUUGUCAAGGACUUCCUCAGGGGGCGCAUCCGCAAGGAGCUCUUCAAGCUGGGCGAUGUGGCCCUCUACUACACCUACGAGGCCAUGGAGGAGGAGAUUGAGAGGAACAAAGAUCAUCCUGACUUCUCCCCGCUCUACUUCCCAGAGCUGAAUAGACGUGACGCCCUGUCCCGCGACCUGGACUACUUCUAUGGUGAGGACUGGCGGGAGCGGGUCAGCUGCUCGCCGGCCACACAACGCUACGUGGAACGCAUCCACCAGGUGGGUCAGGAAGAGCCGGUCUUGCUGGUGGCCCAUGCCUACACCCGUUACAUGGGAGACCUGUCCGGGGGCCAGGUGCUGAAGAAGGUGGCCCAGCGGGCGCUGAAGCUGCCAUCGACGGGCGAGGGCGUCUACUUCUACCAGUUUGACGGCAUCCACAGCGCCAAGGCCUUCAAGCAGCUGUACAGGAGCCGGAUGAAUGAGCUGGAGCUGGACAUGGCCACCAAGGACAGGCUGGUGGCGGAGGCCGUGCUGGCCUUUCAGUUCAACAUGGAGGUAUUUGAUGAGCUAGAGGAGAUGGGUAAGGAUAUCCAGGAAGAGGUCAUGGACGCGGGCAUGCCUGUUCACGGGGCCCAUGGGACCGGAGGAGACAUCAACAAAUGCCCCUACUACGCCGCACAAAUGGCGGCCAGUGGGGGCUCGGCGUACGUCGGUCAGCUGGCCAUGGCCGUCCUCAGACACCCCACAGGCCAGGUCCUAUUCGCCGCCUGGGUCGCCGCCCUCGCCGGAUUGGCUGCAUGGUACUUCAUGUGAUCCGACCCACAGCCAAUCGUUGGCUGUCCUGCAGGAAAGGAGGAGGGAAGACAAGGAGGGAAGACAAGAAGAAUUGUUUUCUGAACGUUUGGAUGAGAACCCAUCCGUACCCAGACCUUGUAACCUUCCCUCCUCCACUCCUCUAAUUUUCUCUCUCUACUACCUCCCUCUCCCUCCGUCCUGUAUCCUCCCACUAUGGUUGGUCAUAUUUGUAGCUCUUAGUAUCAAUUUAGAGCCAUUUUUUUUUAUUCAAACCUGUUAUAGGAUUUAUUUCUUCUUGAGCUGACAUGAGAUGACAAUUGAUCUUACUUGAUUAGAUUAUAGUGUGAUUUGUUGUCAGGUUGAAGUCUCUUUAAUAAUCCCAAACAAUUGUAUUAUGGAGUGAUGCAGUAGAGUUAGAGGGGAAAAACAGAUACCCUGCUAUGACAAAAAAGCCUUUGUGGAUUUUGACACUUAGGUUGCCAUGGGGAUUUGAAGGACUAUAUUCUGCUGUCCCCUGGGUGGCCCCACAAUCAGUCCAUCAAACCAAAAUGUAAUCUUGAAAAUAUUAGAGCAGUGAGCCUUUGCUUGAAGUGGACUGAAUUAGGUGCCGGUACUCUUUAUUUAGGUGGUGGAACUGAACAAGUAGAACCUUUGAGGUGCUGGCACUUUGUAGCGGUGAGCAGCAGCCCAACUCAAACACUGCUGAGCCAGAAACAGUCAAAGUAACACGUUCUAUGCAUAUGUUAAUAUGCAGAUCUGGCAAAGUGUAGGAGUAUUUCUGCAGGGCAGACUACUAUCUGUUUGCGUGAGUAGGUUGAGCGCCAUCUUUUUAAGUUUGUAUUAAUGGUUAUGGGGGUGAUACUCUCUUGGGAGUAGUCCCAAGAUUCGGUUACGGACAACACAGGCUAACUGACAGUAAGAGCACACUUUCUAGAAAGGUCUAGACUUUAAAAUGUUGCCAACAGUUGUCACACAUCAAAAUGUUUUCUUUUUCUCUUCUCUCCAAAUGAACGCAGGCAGAAAAUUGGACAAGCAAUAUUACUAUUAAUAAUUUCUGAAGUGUAUUUUUGUUUUGUUUUAUGCUAUGUUGAAAUGUUGAACUUAUUUAUCUAGUGCUGUCCAGUCCCUUGUCCUUUGCUUUGCACUCAGGCAGUCUAGAGAGGAGCAGAGUGUCUGAAAACGGACACAUCCGUCCUGGAAACGUGGAUAAAGGGGAUUUUCAGUAUUGUUCUAGGCCUAUGGACACCAGGUAGAGGCAGCAAAUACAGCAGCUAGUGUAAUGGUCUGGGAGACAAGGCAGGACAGGUGAGAUGAGUUCAGGUUAGAUUGGUGAAGACAAGGUACCUCAUCAGUAUGAAUGGAUAACAUUUAAGACUUGAAAGCUGUGCACCAACCUGAUGAGGUUGAGCCAUUGUUGUGGAGAAGGAGAACAAUGUGUUGUGCAGGUGACCAUAGGUUUGUAUCUGAGGAAUUAUAAGGGCACUACAGUAUUUAGCAGAUCCUAUUCAGGAUUCACGCUGACAUCAACAUUACAUUCCUUGAUUUGUUUGUAGUUUUAACAUUGAAGACAACAGUUUGCGUUGUAUUCUAUGCUUUCGCUUGAAGAUGGAGAAGAGGUUAAAGGUCAGAAUGCUGAAUACCAAAGGUCAAGUGACAUUAUCUUGGUUCAUUAUAAACAGGUUCCAUGCUGUGUGUUCAGGUCUGUGGUUCUCUCCUAUCCAUCUCUGGUGUAUUUGGUAGUCCUUGAAUUCUUUGCAGGUGUUAGAUGUAUUAUGUGUUCAGUAGCCCUCCAUCUGAGGUAUUAACAAAACAGAAUGAAACAGGGAUUAUCUGGAUUAGUCCAAUAAGAAAUGUUUGAUUUCCGUGGUAAAACAUUUUGCCCUAGUGAACAUGACCCAGGUGUAGUUAUGGCUGUCCAGACCAGUCGAGCCUCAUUAGUCAGGCACGUCUCAGGUUCAUGUUAAUGAAAUUAUAUACAUAAGAAACAUUGCAAGACUUGUCAUAUUUUAGUUCAAUGUAAAUGCAAUUUUAGUAUUUGUUUUCAGGGGAUGGAACUGUUGCAGUAUUUAGAACAUUUUGAAGGAGUUCUGGAAUGACCAGACCUGGGUUGUGUUCAUUAGGCACUAAACAGAAGACUGAAACAGGGAGGGACUAACUGGACUUGUCCAAUUAAACUCUUCUGAAACGUGUGGUCUAAUGAACACGACUCAUAAUCUCAGGUGUGUUGUUGGGAUGGACUAACGGAAGCCUAGUGAUCUCAGUGAGUGCUUGACUCUCUUUCUUGCCUUGUCGGCUGUAACAGAAAGCAAACAGUAACCGUAUUAUCGAACCCAUUAGUCUUGUACAGUAAGUACACUGCAAUCUAACUCGAGCUUCAUCAGUGACUGACGAUUUACUACAAAUGUCACUGGUAACAUUUUGUGAAUGAAGAAAAUCACAGGAAUACAUUGUAGUAAAAUAAAUUAUUGAAUUUCCUGUA